UAUUUUCUGACAUUCUAUACACUAAUCAGUUAAUUAAUCACCAAUGAAAGCAGUCUUCAUGUGCUGCCAUGCUGUUUUCAACAAGAGAAAAGAAAGAGCCACUGUAUAUAUGUAAAAUAGAGACUUGACUGAACUGAAUCGGAACACAAACCUGGAUUGCCUCUUUAAUUUCCUUAAUUUCCUCUUAAAUUAAAAAGUUAGUUUUUAAUUUUAAGCUGUGAAUUUUCGGAGAACAUUUCAGGUAGAAUGGUUUUAGAUAUUUUCUAUUUAGAACAUUGAAAAACUAAAAGUGUUCCUCAAUAACAGUGACAAACUCAUCACCACUGUGUGAUGCUUCUUCCUAUUUGAAUCUCUCUCCAUCACAUCUCCAGCCGCCCUCACUUACCCCAUCCGUUUACCACCUGCACCCCGUCUGUAAACUGACCUGGGGAGGAGAGAGAGGGAGAGAGGGAGAGUAGGUGGUGUCCACCUGACCAGCUACAGCCAUGCAUAAUUAAUGGACAUGCAUCAUUGAUAGCGUCCGCUGCCCACAGGUGGAGCGCUACAAUCCCUUAUCCAUUCACCCCCCCCCCCCCCCCCCCAGGGCUGUGGAUGGGCAGGCAACAGAUCCAGGUCUCUGCUGUAGUCCACACUUGAUGACUACCGUCCCUCAUGUUAUUAUGAGGCUGUGCAGUUACAGCAGGAUCAAUCAACUUUGUAUCGCAGGACUUCAGGUAAAUUCUCCCCUCAGGUGAGACACCACCAUGAGCGGCACGGCUGGCGCUGAGCCCCCGACGGCCGUGCUCGGCUUGGGUUUGGACAUCAGUGGACCCUGGCACCAGAGAGCUGUCCACAAGAGCAGAGCGCUGGUCCAGACCUACCUGCUCACCAGCUCUGUGCAGCCUCCACCUGCAGCAGGAGCAGGAGCAGGAGGAGGAAGAGGAGGAAGAGGAGGAGGAGCAGGAGGAGGAGGAAGAGGAGGAGGGAGCGGGAGCACCAAAGCUCCUCUGAGGCUGCCUUCUCUAGUAGCUGCAGCCAAAGCGCCUCGCAGGAGGAGCAGCAUGGCUCGACUCAGCCUCAGCGAACCAUCUCUUCUGACCCCAAGUGAGAACGUCCACUUCGAGGGAUCCUCCACCAACCGUCGCCCCAGUGUUUUACAAAGGCGACCCCCUCCUCCGCCUCCAUUUUCCUCAUCAGCCCUGCUCUCUUGCAGGAGCAGCCAGCCUGACCAGCAGCAGGUCCAGAGCUGCAGCAGACCAGCCUACAUCCACUUCUCCCAGGCCAUCCGGCCCGGCUCCAGGCCCAGACCAGUGAGACGUCAUUCACACAACCCGGCCCUGAGCGCAGACACAGGCGACCUCCGACCUUUAGCGACGCAGUAUCGUAACUGCUCAUCUCACGGAGAGCCACUGUCUGUCAUCGGGAAGCCGUGUCUUCUGAGCUGCAGUCUACGCCCCGGCCCCGCUGCUGCCGCCGGUCCGGCUCGCACUCAGCUUCAUGUGUUUCUGCCCACAGAGGCAGAGGGAGAGGAGGCGGACAGCGAGUCUGUGGAUGAAGGCUUCAUGGAUGAGCUGGACAGCAAGAUGAACUCUCUGAAGCUCCAGCAGACAGUCACAUACCACUGACAGGCAACACCACAUGGAUCACAUAUUCUUACACUAAUCGGCAGAAAGUAGAUGGACAGCCCCGUCCAUAUAUUUUUGUGUAUGUUGGGUCUGGGGCUGUUUUUACAUUCCUUUAUUCAAAUGAAGAGAAAUCUUUGCGCUGCAUCAAACAAUGAUGUCUUAGAAAAUAGUGCUUCCAGCUUCGUAGCAACAGUUUCCUGUUUCAUCAUGACAAUGAUAGGAGCACAAACAAGGUCCAAAAAAAGGUCCAAACCUUCCACUUUCGUGUGAAAGAACUUGGACUAUCUAACACCUUUGGGAGGAACUAGAAGCCGACUUAUAUCAAGGCCUCAUCAACCAACAUCAGUGUCAAUGUUCUCCUUUGUGAAUGAGAACAAAUCCCAGCAGCCAGGUUCCAACAUCUGGUGGAAAACCUAUCUGCUGUCCUGUUUCUGCUGAUGUCAGAGCUUAGCAGACAGCUCUGCAAAUCAUAAACAAUGUUUGUGUAUUAAAUCGUGUUAGUGUAAAUACGGUUUGUUGUGAAGAUGUAAUUUAGACUAUUGUUGCUAAACAAUCAAAUUAUAUCAAAGACCAGAUGUUAACAAGCACUCUGAAGUGUUUGUUAAUGUUGAUGUCCUGGGCAUCAAGUUGUGAUUUUAAAAAUGAGGACUUCUGAGUACUUCUAUUUAGACCUUGUAAGAUUAAUAAAUCUGCCUUUAUAAAGCAGUUUCUGAGUAAGCAGUGUACAUUUACUUCCCCUUUCACUAUACCAUCAGCUCACAAUUGAAUAAUAAUAAUAAUUGAAACAGAAAUAAUGAAACAUAGUUGGUGUGGAGCCACCAGUCAACUCUGAUAUUCAGAGAUAAUGUUUCCACACACAGUCACUUAGAUUGUUCUAGGUUGACUGUGUAGCUGUACAUUUGCUGUUACUGCGCUUAUUAUUAACAAGAUCAAAUCUACAUGUCAAGUUAUUCUUAUACACAGUAAAAUGUACACAUAAUUUACAUUGUUAUCAGUAUUAGUUUUGCUCUUUUGAGUCUCUUUGUGGUCAGUUUGCUUCUGAUGUCAUUUUUCAUCACUGGUCAUCUCAUGUGUCUUUGUGGUUGUUUUUUUUCCAAACAAUAUUUAUCGAGUUUUGUUCUUUUUCUUUUUUUUAACAAAAAACAACAACAACAAAGAGCUGUACAGCACUGGUCUGCAUAAUCAGCAUUAAUACUAAUGACAGUGAAGAAUAAAAAAUAGAUAAUAAUAAUAAUAAUAAUGAAAACAUAUUACAACACGUUUGCCCUUCCCUUUCCUUAAGUAGAAAUAAAAGCCAGGAAAUAUUAAAUAUUAUGGUUGUUUUGUUCUUUGCAGAUGUUUUCUCUUUCUCUUUACGGCCAUAUUACCUCUGUUGUUGUUUAGCAUCUUUUUGUGCUCUUUUGAGUUUCCUCAUCUCACCUCUUUUGAGUCUCUGCGAUUUUUCUUUUUUUGCAUCCCCUUUUAGUUGACUUAUGUCUCC